CGGCCAGCUCAGUGUGGCUGCUGCCGUGCCCCCGGACGGACGUCGCGCCCGAGCUCGCCCGGGCGCUCCGUGUCGUGGGCACCUCCGGCGGACAGGCAGUGACUGGAGCCUCUGUGGGCACAUCCGGCAAACAGGCGAAGACCGGAGCCUCUGUGGGCACAUCCGGCAAACAGGCAAAGACCGGAGCCUCUGUGGGCACCUCCGGCGGACAGGCAGUGACUGGAGCCUCUGUGGGCACCUCCGGCGGACAGGCAGUGACCAAAGCCCCUGUGGGCACCUCCGGCGGACAGGCAGUGACCGGAGCCGUGCACGAUGAUUGUCGAUCUGGUGACCGUGAAUUCACGUGGUCGAUAUGGCCUGUCGAGGAACAACUCGCGUCGCGCCAGCUGCCGCCAGUCCUCUGAGGAGAAGGUCACCACCUGCUUCAGCACCAGUUUACCGCGAGCGGGCGGUGGUGGUCGGCCCACCUUCCUGGAGGUGCUCACCAUCCCACCGGAGGAGUUCGCCUCGCAGAUCACGCGCGCCGACUGGGAGGUGUUCCGGCGCAUCGGGCCCGAAGAGCUCGCCUGCCUCGGCUGGAACCGGCGCGACAAGCAUCGGCUCUCGCCCAACGUGGUCGCCUUCACGCGCCGCUUCAACCAGGUGAGCUUCUGGACGGUGAAGGAGAUCCUGAACGUGCGGAGCGUGAAGCAGCGCGCCGAGGUGCUGGGCCUCUUCAUCCGCGUGGCCAAGCGGCUGCAGGAGCUGAACAACCUGCACGCCCAGUUCGCCAUCAUCUCGGCCCUGCAGACGGCGCCCAUAUACAGGUUGCAAAAGAUGUGGGCACAUCUACCGAAGAAUUUGGUGCAGAAGUUUGACAAACAACGCGAGUUGUUUUUGGACGUGAACAACUGGGAAAAGCUUCGCGAUAAUCUAUCGCGGACGAAGCUGCCAUGCAUACCCUACUUAGGUCUGUACCUGACGGACCUCGUGUACGUGGACAUGGCACACCCGCAGUCGGGCGGCCUCGAGUCGUCGCAGCGGCGCAACCUGAUGAACAACAUCCUGCGCACCAUCUCCGAGUUUCCGCAGUCGGACUACUCGCACCUGCCGUUCAACCCGCGCGUCAGCAGCUACCUGGCCGCCAUCCGCUACAUCGACGAGCUCCAGAAGUUCAUCGACGAGGACAACUACAAACUGUCGCUGCAGCUGGAGCCGCAGACCCAGUCUCCGGCGCAGUCGAGCUCCAGUCGCGAGUCGGUGGAGGAGCGCGAGCGGCUGGGCGCCGCGCCGUCCUCGCCGGCUCGUCAGGUGGCCGCGCAGGCCCACCGGCGCGCCUGCAGCCUCGGCGUCAAGUGA